AUGCGAACCGAAUGCCGAAAAGCAGAUGGCAAAAGCGCCGGUCUGAGGGCCGGUGGAAGUGAGAUAAGGCUGUCUGAGGCGUGCGUGAUAUCAAGUUCCAAUGUCGGUGGAAUGACAGGUGACGAUGGAGUUGCCAAUUCCGUUGGCUCACAAGAGGAGAACAAUGAGGAUGCCGACUGUGAUGCCGACAAUCGAGUGACCACGAAAAGACAGAAGAAGCGUGGGAUCUUUCCCAAAGUUGCCACAAACAUUAUGCGUGCAUGGCUUUUCCAACAUCUUUCCCAUCCCUAUCCAUCCGAGGAACAAAAGAAACAACUUGCUCAGGACACUGGACUAACGAUUCUUCAGGUUAAUAACUGGUUCAUUAAUGCACGACGGCGUAUCGUUCAACCAAUGAUUGAUCAGUCAAACAGAGCAGCACCACACAUGUAUCCCACUGACUCACCCAGCUCCUGUUUGGGCUACAUGGAGGGGUCCCAAUACGCAGCCUACAGUCGAGCUGCUGCAGCCGCUGCUGCUGGCCUGGCCUCGCAUUCAAGUCCCAGUGAAAUGUACAUAGCAGCAGCGGCAGCCGCAGCAGCUGCUGUAGGUGGAGCCUCCGCGAAUUCCAUAGCUCCUGUAAGCACUCGCAAUCGUCGAACGGGUGCGGACGUAGGUGGCGGCGGCAGCGGAGGUGGAGGCGGCGGUUUUAUUGAUUCAUCCUCUAUUACCCCGGGUGACUUCUUCACACCGGGCUACUAUCCCACGCCAGCUGCCUACGGUCCAUCGUCGUAUUCUUCCACCGCUUCCAGCACCUAUCGUCCACAAUAUCAUACCUUAGGAGGUAACCUAGCGGCCUCUUACUAUCCUGCAAUGUACAACCACCUGGAAGAAGCCCUUCCAUACACCCCUCCAAUCGGUUUUUUACCAGCAGACGAGGCAAAGAAGGCGAAUACCGGGUCGUCUGCCAACACAUCUACCAACACAUCCACUGAAUAG